AAACUACAGUCCCAGUUUGUCAGUUUAAAACCGCUCUGAAGCCAGACACACAGCAGAUUGGUGGUGUUUUAUUUCACUGUUCCAGCAUGUCCACAGAAAUGACCACAGACUUGGAGCUCGAGCUUGGUGAGCUGCUGCAGGAGUUCCAGGAUGUGGUGGAGGAGCUGAAGGCCCCGGCCCAAAGCAAACCUCACGCUUACCAGCACGUUUUGAAGGAGGCCAAGACUCGCACUGUGCAAGGGGACGAUAGCGGAGUCGAGGAUUCAGAUUACAGCAGUGAAGCUUCUUUGGGAAACAGUUUGAACACCAGCGAGGAGGAGCUUCACACAGCAGGCAUAACGCUGGCACCGAAAGCCAAGCUAGGAGACACGAGGGAACUUGAGAGUUUUAUCGACAUGUUGGACCGGGAACUUGCUGAGAUGUGAACAGAGAGAUGAAGAGAGCCACGUGGAGGGGGGAGAAACAGGCUGGGGGCGACACGGCUGGCUACUGCCGAGCAGACAGGCAGAUCUACGCCAGAGCAGAUCUGAGGAAGCAAACGCUCUCCUGCCUGCUCCAGGGGAAAAGGUUAACAUCAGAAAUUAAAAGGCCAUUCCAUUCCAAAAUGCAAGAACACAGACCGCUGGCAACGCCGCGUCCAACCAGCAAGGCGACGUCCCUGCAGCAACAGGUCCAAGAUGUGUGACAUAUUCCUAAAACUAGACAAAGCUUCCAUCUGUCCAUGUAUGUGUGAGAAUAUGCUGCCUGGAGUAUAGAGGACAUGUAAACGCCACAUUUGAAGUACAAUAGCAGGAAAAGGCCCUAAAUUCUCAGUUCCAUAUUUUCAUUUAAAGGAAGCUGACCUUUGUCUAGUUCAAAAUUACAGAUGGCACUUUAAACUAAUUUCAAAUCCAAGUUCAGAUCUGCUGUGUAAUAUCAAAUGUCCUUUAAAUGCUGGUGUUUUCAAUGUACAGUUCUUGUUAAUACUCUUUUUUAUAUAAAUUGUUGUACAGAUGAAUGCACGUAUAAAUAAAACUAAAUUCUGACUAUA